AUGCCCGAGAAUCAGCAACACAUCCAAGCACCUGCCUAUUCUCAUUAUCCAUCAGCGGAAUGUCCGCGUUUCGAACUUGAGACCUUGGGGAAAACAUUUAUCACCAGGGAAAAAUAUCUUUGUGGUGAUCUGUUGGACGACCGUUACUUUCUACUGGGCAGCACCACAUACUUGGAGUUCAUUGAUCUGACGCUUCCACCUGAACAACAGGUACCCAGAAAACUCAUCGAAUUCGUGAGAUUCAAGCAAAUAAAGGUUCUGCAAAAUGAGCGAUAUGAAGGUUUGUUGACUUUGGCUGGGAAGAAUAAUCACAUCAGAAUUUAUGAUCUGACUAGCAUACGGUUGUUGAUAAAAAGCAAAAUGACAUCAUUCGCAUCUUUAUUCCACAAGAGAUUGCAUGGUCACGGACGGUCGAGGUCUAUGGACUCAAUUCCGGAUAUGACCACUCGUGAUCAAGAGGAAGAGCACGCCAUUGUGUCGAGACGUCACCAUACGCUUAACUUGAGUCAAAUUUGCAAUAAUUCUUUACCCAACCUACCCUCCCUGUCACACACCAGAAGCAACAGCUCAUCAACGAAUAAUGAAAAUUUUGCAUCCCCUUUAUCCUCAUCCUCAUCCUCAACAAAUUCCCAUAACGGACCGACCAUACAUCACCGUCAACACGCACGCUAUGAAAGUCUGCAACAUCCGUUAGCACCUUCUACAUCAUCGGAAGUUCGCGAUAGACUUGAAAAUUUGCAAGUUCAAUGGUCUCUGAAUUAUCAAAAGUUACCGAAAACAAAGAUGGCCAUCUCAUUUACGCUAAGGAGCGGCCCAACCAGGACAUACUUGGCGAUACUGUCGAGACAAAAUAUUUUUCUGUUUGAACUGGACUUUGGUGAAGUCAACCGGGGACCUGAAUUUGUUCACAACAGGACAUAUUGGCUACCCCAAACUCCAAAAUUCUUGCAGAUGUCUAUGUACGAGGACCAACUACUAGAUAUCAUCGCCGUAUUUGAUACGGAGGUGUUCAUGAUAGGCGUGGAGGAUGCACGGGUCCGAGAGAUAACAAUCGAUUCCAAUUUGUGUCCGAGCAAUGGCAAAAUGUUGAUACCUCUCCCCUCUUUCAUCCACGAGUCCCCGUCGUGGCAAACGUUUGAACAAUUACCAUGGAUUCCGAUAUUAGAUCCGGAAUUGGUUUCCGACACAUUCACAAUACCGCCACCAUACAGCGUAAUAAUAAACGAGGAUCCUUCUAAAAUGUUGAAUCCGGUGCCGAUCUUUGAAUCGGAAAAUCCGGAUUUGAUGAAUUCCACGGGCCCGACUCUAUUUUUUGCCACGUUCGGUUCAAAGUCGAUGAUUGUGGAUGUACAAGGUCGCGUGUUCUCCACCAUAGUGUUCGAGUGGACGUUUCCGCCGAAUCACGUGGAAUUCUUGAGAUCCGCCGGAUCCCGAAAUGAGAGUUUCGUGGUGGGAUUUGGUAAGAGCAUGGUGGAAGUGAGAAGUUUUAGCACCGGAAGAAUCGUGGAAAAUGUUGUGAGGGGAGCGGAAGUGCAGUUCUUGGGACGGGGGUUGGGUGGAAAGGAUGUGAUCUGGAAGUGUUCGCCAAGAAAGGGAUCCAAAGAGACAAGUUUCUACCGAUUGGAGGGACCAAAAAUAUGA